AUGGCAUCCACCACACAAACCAAGUACAGAGACCGCGGCAUCCCCAGCAUCUCCCUCGCCAACUACGAGUCACGUAUCGACGUGAUCACAGCUGAGCUCGUCUCCGCCGCGUCCGACGUCGGCUUCUUCUGCAUCGUCGACCACGGGAUAACACCGUCCGAAAUCUCAGGCAUGUUCGCCGAGUCAGAACGGUUCUUCUCGCUGCCGGACGACAUUAAGGCCCAGGUCCCGUUCUCUUCCGCGCACAAUGCCGGGUGGGAGAAGAACUCGCAGGUGCGGCCGUCGACGGGCGUGGCGGACCACAAGGAGUCUUAUCAGAUGCAGUUCGGCGACAACAUGAAAGGAAAGUGGUUGGGAGAACAGCUUCUCCCGGGGUUUCAGGCCAGCAGUCUCGAGUUCAUGCAUAAGGUGCAGCAUGUUUCGGAGAAGUUGAUGGUGUGUCUUGCGAGAGGAUUGCGGUUUCCCGAUGAUUACUUUGUCAAAGCGCAUGACAUACGCAGGCCCGAGAGUCAGACUGUCGCGAGGCUGUUGCAUUAUUUCGAGACGCCGCAGAACACAAAUGGUGAGGUAUGGCAUCGUGCCGGUGCGCACACAGAUUGGGAUCUUCUCACGUUACUGUUUCAGAAGGCGGGACAGUCAGGUCUUGAGAUCUGCCCGGGCCGCGAAGUCUCGACUUCAUUUGGUCACGGUGAUACGUGGACACGAGUGGCACCCUCCAGCACGAAUGCAAUUAUCUGCAAUAUCGGAGACCUGCUAAUGUCAUGGUCCGACGACCUGUUCAAAUCAACCUUUCACCGCGUCAAAGCUCCGACUGAACCUGACGACUAUUAUGGCGAGAGAUACAGCAUCGCUUUCUUCAACCAGCCGUGUCGCGAUACACUGAUCCAGGGUCCACAGAAGAAAUACCCGUUGGUCACGGGUGAAGAAUUUACAAGGAAUGCGAUGAUGCGCAAUUUCCAGGCUUUGGAAGAGAAGAGGCGAAAGGAAGCCCUGGAGAUGGCGAAGAAAGAAGAUUUGGCGACUGCAAAGCUUGAGAACGGUAAGGUAGUGUCCGAGCUUGCGACAUGA